CAAUUUUAAAAUUCAGUCGCGUUUUUCGAUACGAUUGAGAUCGUGAAUUUUUUUCUGAAACAUUCUGUGUAUUUAUUUGAAGAGUUUCAAAAACAUAUUCAGACCUACGUAGUUAGUAGUUUACCAGUGAUAUCGUACGAAUAAAAAAGCAAUGAAGCUUUUCAAAAUUAUAAUAUCGCUUGCUUUUGUGGUGGUGGUGAACACGGAAGUUCAUCCAAAAACUAAAAGUAUUCGGAGUGUUUCAGCACAGCUGAAAACCAUACGAGGUGUUUCAGCAGUACAUUCAAGUGGAUCCCACAGUGGAGGAUUUGGAGGUUCUCGUGGAAGCUCCGCGCAUUCAGGAAGUUCUCAUGGUGGAUCAGGACAUUCUGGAAGCUCUCAUGGUAAUUCAGGCGGAUCUCGAGGAGGUUCUGGACACUCGGGUGGAUCCGGUCAUUCUGGAGGCUCUCAUGGUAAUUCAGGCGGUUCUCGAGGAGGUUCUGGACAUUCUGGUGGAUCAGGUCACUCUGGACACUCUGGUGGAUCAGGCCAUUCUGGAAGCUCUCAUGGUCAUUCAGGCGGAUCUCGAGGAGGUUCGGGGCACUCUGGUGGAUUAGGACAUUCUGGGGGCUCUCAUGGUCAUUCAGGCGGAUCUCGAGGAGGUUUGGGACACUCCGGUGGAUCAGAACAUUCUGGAGGCUCUCAUGGUCAUUCAGGCGGAUCUCGAGGAGGUUCGGGGCACUCUGGUGGAUUAGGACAUUCUGGGGGCUCUCAUGGUCAUUCAGGCGGAUCUCGAGGAGGUUUGGGGCACUCUGGUGGAUUGGGACAUUCCGGAGGCUCUCAUGGAGGUUUGGGACAUUCAAAUGGAAAUUCGCAACAUUCCAGUACACAAAACCAAGGUUCGCACAGUGGUUCAGCAAAGUCAGGAAAUGCUCAUAAUACCGGAAGCAGUUCUCAAAAUUCAAACAAUGAUCAAAAAACUUCAUCACAUGGAAAUGUCAACGUGAAUGCAGGAAUUAGCAAAGCAUCUGGCGCUAAAAGUCAAAAUUCACUCGGAAUCAGCGGUUCUCUCAGUUCAAAAGAUAAUACCGCACAUAUAAGUGGAAAAGCGAAUACAGUGAAUGGAAAAUCAUCCGGGAGCAUCGAAGGAUCAAAGGUAAUUCACAAUGAUGGGCAGAGCAAAGCAAGUGUUUUUGGAGGUGCUAGCAAAGCGUCUGGUAGUAAAACUCACAAUCAUAUAGGCAUUGAAGGAUCUUUCAAAAGCAAAGAUGGAAGUGGAAAAAUUAGCGGUACAGCGAAACAAGAAGGAAGAAAAUCAUCGAUCAAUGCGGAAGCUUCGAAACACAUUUCUGUUAAUCAACAUACCAAUAUCAAUAUCAACGGAGGAAUUAGUAAGGAAUCUAGUAGCAAAACUCAACAUCAUUUUGGAGUCGAAGGAACAGUAAAAAGUAAAGAUGGAACUGGUCAAAUCAGUGGCACAGCAAAACAAGAUGGCAGGAAGUCAUCGAUCAAUGUGGACGGCUCAAAACAAAUCUCUGUUAAUGAACAUGCCAAUAUCAACAUCAACGGAGGUAUCAACAAAGAAUCAAGCAGUAAAACUCAAAAUCACAUUGGUGUCGAAGGUUCUAUAAAAAGCAAGGAUGGAACUGGAAAAAUCAGUGGGGCAGCGAAACAAGAAGGUAGAAAAUCAUCGAUCAAUGCGGAUGCUUCAAAGCAAGUUUCCAUCGGUAAAAAUACCAAUAUCAAUAUCAAUGGAGGAGUUAGCAAGGAAUCCAGCGGCAAAACUCAGCAUCAUGUCGGUGUUGAAGGAACCAUACAAUCUAAAGACAAAACAGGUCAAAUCAGUGGUAAAGUCGAACGAACUAAUGACGGAAAUUCUUUCAACGUUAAAGCUGAAAAAAGUCUUGUAAAUGGCGAACGAGGUAGUUUGAGUGUCAAUGCUGAAGCUAGUCGACAACCUGGAGGCAAAACUCAAACAAACGUGGGAAUAGAAGGAACUUUGAAUUCCAAAGAUGGCACUGGAAAAUUGAGUGCUGGAGUAAGCAGUGAAGCAGGAAAAGGUGCAUGGCACGUUGAAGGAUCGAAAAAUCUGUACAGCGAUAACAGUAUCACCGUCGAUGCUAAAGCUGGAGUUAAACAAACAGCAGGUGGAAAACCCGAAGGAUACGGUGGUAUUGAAAUAGGAAAGAAAUUCCGUUAAGCAAUUUUGAAAAUAGAAAUUAUUCAUAAAUUGUGUCUAAACAUGUACAAAAACAAAAUUUUAAUGAGUCAUUGUUCCUAUGACGAAAUAAUACCUAUCUAUUGUACCUACCUAAUUGAAAAAUAAUAACGAAUAUAAUUAUACGUAUCAAUAAUUUUUA